CCAAGCAGGAUCAGGACCUCAGCAUUUUUACUUUUCAUUAGAAAUGGAGGAAAUGGAAGAUUUUCAAUACUGUUUUCAAGACGGAAACUCUUCUUGCAGAAAGGCUUUUCUAUCGACAUCUAUCUACAUAACACUGUACAUCUUCUUCUCAUUGAUUUCAUCAGUUACAGUAUUUUUGAACCUACUGGUGAUCAUCUCCAUCUCUCACUUCAAGCAGCUCCACACUCCAACCAACCUGCUCAUCCUCUCUCUGGCUGUGUCAGAUCUCCUGGUGGGACUGAUUGUGAUACCAGUAGCGACUGUAGCAAUAAUGGAAUCAUGCUGGGGUUUUGGAGAAUAUUUCUGCGUGUUUCAAUUCUACAUUACUUUUUUAUGUACUACUUUAUCUCUUGGCAAUUUGGUCUUGAUAUCUAUUGACCGCUAUGUUGCUGUGUGUGAUCCCUUAUUGUACCACUCUAAAAUAAGAAUAACAGGAACUAUCUGUUGUAUAUCCAUUACCUGGUGUUGUUGUAUCAUAUAUGAUGCUGUUAUUAUACAAAACUUUGUAAAUGUAAAGACACCCAGUAGGUGUUUGACAGAAUGUUUUAUUGUAGAAGGGUUAAUAUGGGUUAAUAUAAUGUACAUUGUAUUUAUAAUGGUUGUCCCGUGCUCUAUUAUUCUAACACUUUACAUGAAAAUCUUUGUGGUGGCCAGAUCACAGGCCAGAAAGGUAUUUUCUAAAGAGGCUGCCAGUGUGUCUGGUGUUCAAACUGUACAGGCAAAUAAGUCUGAGAGAAAAGCAGCAAAAACUCUAGGUAUUGUUGUUUUCACCUAUCUCCUUUCUUGGAUUCCAUCUCUAUUUAUUUACUUUGUUUUUUCUGUUAUAGGAGAUCAUUUAAUAUCAUAUUUCACCAGUUAUCUGGCAUUUGUUAAUUCCUUAAUUAAUCCAAUAAUUUAUGCUUUCUUUUAUCCAUGGUUCAAAGUGACAGCUAAACUUAUUUUAACUUUGAAGAUAAGACGUUUAUAGUUCCUAUAAUAUGAUUUCCUAGUUCGGCAAACAUUUGUUUGAUAUAGUUUUGUUCUACAAUUGUUGUAAUUAUUUUA